AUGUUCCGGGGCCGCAGCGCCUGGUUCUCGCAGAGCGUCAGCCGGGAGCUCCGCGAUUUGUGGGUGGCUGAAGGAGGAGUGAUUUCAACUCAUCAUGGUGCUGAUUACCUGUUCAGCAGUGAUGCUUCACACCCUGAUACACAGAGAAUACACCAGAGCUUAGAUUAUAUAGAGGGUAAAGCUACAAUUUUUCAUUCUUGUUAUCUCUCUGCAAAUGCAAGUGCCAGCUCUGAAAUGAAACAGACAGUGGCUUUGGGUCACUUCAUCCUUCCCCCUGCCUGUGUACAAGAAGAAAUUAGAAGAAAACUUGGUAGUUUUAUAUGGGAGCAGAUGAAUGAUUCCCUGAUGGAACAGCUUGAUGAAUUAACACCAGUUGACAUAAACACUAGCAUAAAAGAGGAUGAGCAAAGAAUAAAGGGCAAAAAAGACCUGGAUGGAAGCAGUAAAGAAAAAAGAGUAUCAAAAACACCAGUGGGAGGGAAACUUGCAUACUGUCCACUUCAGGAUUAUCCAGUGAACAACAUGGUGACAGGUUAUGUCUCUUCUAGUGAGAUGAAGAAAUACCUUGGGGAACUACAUGACUUCAUUCCUGGCACUUCAGGUUACUCGGUAUAUUGGAUUAAAAAUGAAAUGGACGUUUUCUCCGAUGUGAAAAAUAAAUUGAAAAGAAAAUUAUAAAUGACAUUUAAAUGGUUUGUAUCAAAAACAUAACUUGGCUUUGCUAAAACAUUGCUAAAUAUAUGUAUGCCUGUUUAAUAACAUCCCAUCUUUAGCAUUGUAUAUGUCCUUGUUCUC